GUGACUCCGAAGCAUAAUGUCAACAACCACAACAACCAAAUCGAAAUCUAGCAGAGAGAACCGCCAAGGCCGUCGCUUCCGGACGGGCUGUAAGACCUGUAAGUCGAGACGGAUCCAAUGCGAUGAAACGAGACCAGCGUGCAACGCUUGCGUGAAGCAAGGUCGCACGUGUCCCGGAUAUCAGCGCGAGUUCAAAUGGUCGACUAAGCAUGAGGUUUCUUCGGCGCGUGUACGGAGGAGGACGGCUGGGAGCGAGGGAGGGGAUUCAAUAACAGGCGUGGCGGGGGAAAGUCCCGAGUCGACGGGCUCGACGAUGGAAUUAGAGAAUAAGCAGUUGGAGGAGGCAUUUGAUGCUGUGUCUGAGCUGUUAGCGUCGGAGGGGGUUGGAGAUUGCAAUGAUGUUGGCGAGAAUGGUGGAAUACCAACUGUCGGGAGUUUGGAUGGACUGGCGGAGUUGUAUGGGAGGAUCUAUGGGGAUAGCUAUGGAUGGUUGAUGGGGCUGGAUGAGGAUGUUCAGGCUCAAGCUCAGGCUCAAGUUGUGUCGCAAGGACAGGAGGAUUACCCAGAAGAUGCUCAGGCAGAUCCUCCUGUCAGCGUCCUGGAAGAGGAUGAAGUGGAUGAGCCAGCCGCAUUCGAAGCACUCCUCCAGGGCGAUGUUCUCGCUCGCGAGAAUGAUGUACCACAACCCAUCCUCUCCGUCCCAACCAUGACGGAAACCACCACUUUCUUGAUCGAAUACUGGUUCAAGAACGUGUGUUCGAUGUGGUCGAGCUUCGACUCGGACCGCAACCUCAUCCGCAAGCUGGCGUCUCACACAUGGAGCCACAACGCCGCCGUCUUCCACAGUCUGCAGACCAUGUCAGCCCUACACCUGUCCGAGCAACUGCCUCACCUCCACGCCACAGCCACCACCUCGUGGACCGCAGCUAUGCAGUCCAUCCAGCAGGAGCUAGCCUCCUUCACGCAGCACAAAACCUCUCCACCGCAAUUCCCCACAGGCCUCCUCCUUGCCCUCGCCGGCAUCGGCACGACCACCUGCUGGACCGACAGCCAGCAACUGGGGAUUCCCCUUCUCCAGAAGAUGAAAACCAUUCUGGCAUACUACAACCAGCCGGGCAUGCUCAGCGCGAGCACCACGGACCGGACGUACCUCGAGUUCUUCAACGACAGCUGCGCCUACUGGGACAUCUUGUGCCGCGUGGUCACCGACGAGCCGGAUGCCACGACCGCUACUACCACCCUCAUCGGCCCGAUCCCCGGUUCUUCUUGGAUCACAACAACGACCACAUUCACCUCCCCCCACCCCUGGGUCGGCGUCUCCCGCCACAUUCUGGAUCUCUUCGCACACACCAUCCUCCUCUGCAGACGCCACAGCAAGCGCCUCCGCUCCCCCAGCCACGCCACCCUGCACUCCCUCCAAGAACUCAUCCGCGACAUCCACGCCGCCCGCUCCCUCCACCAGACCCUAUCAUCCCUGACCCUCCAGUCCAGCAACCUCACCGAAACGGGGGACGCACAGACCCCGCUCUCUCAUCUAGUAGAUGUCGCCGAGGGCUACCGCCUCGCCGCCCUGCUCCAUCUAUAUCAAACCUUCCCGGAUCUCCGGGACGACCACACGCGAGAGCUGGGUCCCGAGGAGAUCUCGACUUGGAGUCUGCAAACCCUGGCCCUCGAGUUGCUGGACCUGGUCAAAAAAAUCCCAUUGGAGUCGGGCUCGCGGGUAAUUCAACCGCUGUUAUAUCUGUCCAUCGCGACGGGGUUGCGGGCCCCGGACUCGUCGAGUGCGGAAGGGCCGCUCAGCCCGAUGGCCCUGCAAGUGAGUCAGGCAAGGCGGGUGGUGAUGCAGCGGGUCAGUGUGCUGGAGUAUAGUCUGCCCUCGAAACCGAUCCGGGUGCUGAAGGCGCUGAUUCAGAGGAUCUGGGAGGUCGGGGAUCGCGAGGUGGAGGUGGGUGUUGUGGGCGGGAUGGGGAAGCAUUGGAGUGAGGUGAUGGAGGAGGGGAGGUUGAGGACUAUGUUUGGGUGA